UCUCUCGUGCUCAUCUCCUUGGGUUUCGCCUUCCCCAAUUUUUCGUUCUUCACUUUUCAGUUUCAGUCGUUGCCUCGUUCUUGUUCUGGUUCCUCUUCCGAUCACCGCGGGGGGAAGAAAGAGCUGCGAUUUCCGGCAACAACGGGAGGAGUUUACCUAUAGGUGUCGAGCAGAAGAGAGAAUGAAAAGCCAAAGCAGUUACAUGCCACCUCCUUAUAUUCCAUUACACCAGUCUGAACCAGAAGUAGAGACUCUUCCAAGCAGUGGUGACCCAGCUAUUUGUCAGCCCAUAAGUGCUGGGCCAACACACUGGUCUUCUGGAAUCUGUGCUUGCUUCGAUGACAUGCAGAGCUGUUGUAUAGGUCUUUUCUGUCCUUGCUAUCUGUUUGGAAAGAACGCACAGUUUCUUGGUUCUGGAACUUUAAUGGGAUCAUGCGCAACCCAUUUCUUGCUGUGGGCUCUUGUCAAUACUGUAUGUUGUUUGUUGACGGAUGGCAUUUUAUUGGGGCUACCUGGAUGCUUCGUCACAUGUUAUGCUUGUGGCUAUCGAAGGGCUUUAAGAUCAAAGUACAAUUUGGAGGAAGCGCCUUGUGGGGACUUUGUCACUCAUUUUUUCUGCCAUCUCUGUGCAAUUUGUCAAGAAUAUAGGGAGAUCCGUGACCGAUCUGGUGAUGCAAACCCUCGUGAUCUGACAUUAGCAGUGGUCACGGCUCCGCCAGUGCAGACAAUGGGUUCUCCUCCAAAACAGUAGGGAGGGUUGUCUCCUAAACCAGUCCUGCAGCACAACACUUCCUCCUGAAUUGACUUCACUUUUGGGGUCUCUCUUGAUAUAUCUGUAUGGCGCACUGUUGAUUGAAUCCUUAGGUUAAGAAUUAACAUGAAUAAUCGACAUUUGAUGGAUCCUUAUUUACUCUGGAGGCUUCAUUUUCUCGGGCUUUAUCAUUACGGAGUUGUCUUCAGUCCUUCGCCAGGAGAGAGAAACAGAAGCAUCAGCACUCGUGUUCUAUAAGUGCCCCUUAGUUCAUUUGUACAAUGUUUUUGCGUUUUGCUGGAUUGUUGCAGGGAGGGAGGGUGUACAUGAUGCUUCGGUUCGACUUGUGUCGUGUUGUUUGGUUUCAUUGGGAGCUUCUAAUAAAGUAUAUUUGAUCUUUGAAGCAAGAGUAUACUAUUUGUUGAGAGAUUCAGCUUGCAUCUCAACCUUGAAAACAAUCUUGCAAUUGCUUUUCGAUCACAGAUGCCGUUGGUCUGGCAUAAAAUGCAGUGUGUUGUUAAUGUUUA